AUGCAAGAUUUUGAGGUGUUUGUCUUCUUUCUAGCUAUUGAACUGCUUGUCAGAGUAUCAGUUGUAUUAUUAUCUGAGUUGGAAACCAAUAAGGACUGGUUUUCUUCAGUUAGUGUUUGA